CCCGUUCAAUCAGUAGCAAGCAUCAACGAACUCAAUGAACAAUUGAACGAAAUUCAAGCAGCAGCAUCGAACGUCAUGUCCUCGAUGGAAACUGAAAAGGCCAUUCCUCGUCAAAUCACGCGGUUGCAGACAGAAAUACAAGAACAUGAUAGUGCCAUGAAUCUCAAUAAGCCCCGCAAGAUCAUUAAAGAACGACAGUUUUGGGAACGAGUGUACACGCCCCGCAAGAAUACGAUAUGCAUAGCUGAUGGAUGCCACUCCAACUGUCACCAGUCAUGCCAUGGAGAGUAUCUUUUGUGGGCCGAGGAAAUAGGCCAAAAGUGCUGGGCAUUUCGGCGCUCGGAUAUGCGGAUGGGUACAAACAUUCUAUGCACCGAGUGCAAGCAUAUGGCCAAGUACCACGUGAAUGUAAAUGAUCUCUGGGAGCUCAAAU